GUGACAUUUCCUUAUAGUGAUAGUAAGGAGGACUUCUUAACACUUAACUCCUGUCACCGUCUCGUUACAAAGGGAGAUGGCUGACGCCCAUGGUGACGUGCGCAGCGCUGGAGACACGGUGGACGCCUUAAGACUCUUUUCAAAGAGCUGUGACCCCGUCAGCGGAGGCACUAAAGCAGCAAACUCCGACCCGUACCGCUACAAGAUGGACUACCCCUCCCUCGGAACCUGUCUGAUUAUCAACAAUAAGAACUUCGACAAAAGCACACACAUGAGUCCUCGUAACGGGACCGACGUGGAUGCCGCUACCGCCAUGAAGACCUUCACUGAUCUGGGUUAUGACAUUAGAUUCCACAACGACCUGACCGUGGACCAGAUGAAAGAACAGAUGUUGAACAGUAAUAGAAAAUACAGUUUUUCACUCGUUCCUGCUCGGCACUGUGACUGUGUUCACAUUCAACAUUUAAUUUAAAAUCACUUUGAAGUAAUGCUUGGAAA